AUGCGCAGCCUGUUAUCACUUAAUAUCCACAAGGGUAUUACUUGUCGUUCAGGGCCAAAGAUGGUAGAUGAAACCACAAGGUGGAGUCAGUGCAAAGAUGUUAAUCAGUCUAUUUAUGAUUUCCAGAUGGAAACGUUACAAGGGCAAUUUACUGAUUUGUCACAGUAUAAAGGACAAGUUCUUCUGAUUAUUAACGUUGCAACGUUCUGUGCUUACACUCAACAAUACACCGAUUUCAAUCCGUUGAUCGAAAAGAACGUUAAUGGAGGCUUCACAAUUUUGGCAUUCCCAUGUAACCAGUUCUAUCUGCAGGAACCAGCUGAAAAUCAUGAACUCAUGAAUGGCAUCAUGUACGUCCGACCGGGUAACGGAUGGAAACCACAUCAGAAUCUACACAUCUACGGAAAGAUUGACGUCAACGGAGAGAACCAUCAUCCUCUUUACGAAUUCCUCAAGGAGAGCUGUCCCCAGACGGUUGAGAAAAUUGGAAAGACCGACGAGCUGAUGUACAAUCCAGUCCGAGCCAACGACAUCACGUGGAACUUCGAAAAAUUCCUCAUCGACAGACAGGGCCGUCCUCGCUUCCGUUUCCAUCCAACCGCCUGGAGCCAUGGUGAUGUUGUUCAGCCCUUCAUUGAACAACUUCUGAAUGAAGAUCCUGAUUCGAAUGCCUUGUCACCGUAA